ACACGACAACUUCGAGUAACUGAUUGAAACUAUAUACUGCUCGGUGCUUCUCAAAACCAGAUUGUUGCAGGUGUCCGAAUCCUCAGUUCGCAGACGGGUAGAUUCUAACGAUAUUCUAUUCAUACACUGUCAUGCUCAUUCAUAACUUUUUUGGACCAGGGUAUCAGUACCUCUUGGCUUGGUCCCUCAGCUUGGUGGAAGAUACCCUCCCUCGACCGACGUAGGUCCGACAAUUUCAUACAAUAGCCCAACACAGCUCGAAUUUUAUGCUUGAAAUCGCCGUCAUCAAGGUGGGAUUCUUUCUUUCAUUGGAUCGCAGGUCAUAUUUGUGUGCUUUUGCACUCGUGGGUAGACCUGGAGCAGCUGAAUCCCUUCUCUCGUGACCAGUGAAUAGUAUCUGCCAUGACGGGCGAAGACUCGGCCGAUAUCGCUCAUGAAGCCUCAGAAGUGAAGGAGAAAAAUGAGGCAAUUGAGAAGAAUGGAAGUGUCUCCGCUGUCGGAGAGGAGCCAAAGGCUUUUAUAAAGGGCAAAAGGAGGUCUGAGCAAGAGGCGCAAGUCAAGGCAGGAAAACAGAAAGGACAAUUACCCAAGAAGAGGUUUUACAGAGCCCGGGCGCACAGUAACCCUCUCAGUGAUUGUCAAUUCUCUGUGCCAACCACGCCCAGCGAAUUCGACUGGUCAGAAAGCUUUCCAGAGUUUUUUGCUCAAGAAGAAACUACAGGGGACAAAGAUCUGAAGGUUCGAUUUGCCGACAUUGGUUGCGGCUUCGGUGGUCUCAUUGUUCAGAUGUCACCGUUGUUUCCUAAAACUUUGAUGGUUGGGAUGGAGUUGAGAGACAAGGUGAGCGAGUAUGUGAAAGAAAGGAUCGUCGCAUUACGUGAACAACAUCCAGGACAGUACGAAAACAUAUCAGUUUUGAGGACCAAUGCUAUGAAAUACUUGCCAAACUACUUUGAGAAAGGCCAGCUUACAAAAAUGUUCUUUUUGUUUCCUGAUCCUCAUUUUAAGGAGAAAAAUCAUCGACGACGUAUUAUCAGUACCGCCUUGCUAGCCGAGUAUGCGUACAUCAUGGCUGUUGGAGGCAUUUUGUACACAAUAACGGACGUUCAGGAGUUAGGAGAGUGGAUGAAAGCACAUUUAGAUGCUCAUCCCCUCUUUCAUCCGUUAACUGAUGAAGAGCUGGAGAAGGACGUGUGUGUUCCACUUUUGAUAAAUGCUACCGAAGAAGGCCAAAAGGUGGAACGAAACGGAGGCUCCACAUAUAAGGCCAUAUACAGACGGAUAGCAGGACUAGGGAACAUCGGGGCCUAGAUUUUACGUAUACUCCAGUGAGAACGUGUUGCACCCUAGGAAAUACAGAGAAUCAGUGAUUGGACUUCACAUUAUUUGGCUUGCAAAGCCAGGAGCUUCUUGCUUUCGGUUGACCCGUAAAUGCUUAAGCAAGCAGAUGUUUCCAUAUCUUCUUGAGUCCUUCCUGUAAACACCUCGGCAUGUUUUCAAAGGGUUCUGAUGUUCUGAUAA